GUUCAGGUGGGUUCCUUGUGCCGGGUUCCCCCGGGUCCCCCCGGCGCUGAGAUGGCGGAGGGAGCGGCUGCCCGCGCUCUCCUCCUUGCCCGGCUCGCUGGGGACGAGGCGGUGCCGCAGCAGCGAUGGCUCAUCCCGGCUGCUCUCGCUGGGACACAGGGGUGAUCCGUGCCCGGGACACUUCCCGGCCCUGCGGCCCCGGGCAGUGACCUCUCCUCAUGUCCCUUUCAGUGUGCCACCAGCGCGGGUGUGAAGCUGUUCCCGAGGCCGAUCUCCCAAAGGCUUUUUCAGCACUCCUGAUGUCUCCGGAGCAAGGGGCUGUUUGUUCCCAGCAGAGAGAUGCCGGCUGUGAGCUGGAGGAGAGUGAAUUGUGCUCCCUUCAUGGAGUUGUGAAGGAGCGCCUGCAUCUCCAGGAGGCACCAGCAGAUGGGGUUGCACACUUGCCUGGGGUGCAAGAAGCCACUUGUCAUGAGCAGGGGGAUGCCACUUGUAAACGUGCAGGAAAUGAAGAUGUGGAGAGUGGAUUCUGCAGCCGUGAUGGGAGUGUGAGGGAGCCCCUGCAUACCCAGGGCACUAAUGUACACAGGAUCCUCAGAAGAUUCCCAGGCAAGCGGUUCAGGUGCCGUGCCGUGCCCGUGUUGGUGCUGGUUGUGCUCGUGUUGCUGGUGCUGGCUUUGGCGGUGGCCUUGGCUGUGCAGUCAGCGCCACAGCUUCCAGUCACACCUGCGACUCCGCUCUUGGUUCUGGGCCCUCACCCUGGCUGGGUUGGAUGCAAUGGAGUCUGGUACUACUUCUCCAGGGAUUCCAGCACGUGGGAGCAGGGUCAGGAACGGUGCUCCAAGCUCGGGGCCUCCCUGGCCAUUGUCAAGGAUGAGGACCUGGGUUUGCUCUUCCGCCUCCGCGGGAACGUCGAUUACUGGCUCGGGCUGCGCAGACGGGGCCAGCGCCUGCACUGGGGGGACGGCAGCAACUUCAGCUCCCGGGUUCAUGUCCUUGGCGAUUCCGAGUGUGUGUACCUGGCUGACAAUAAAUUGGUGAGUCAGAGCUGCUCCAAUGAGCGUCCGUACCUGUGCAGCAAGGCCCAAGCUCCCCUGUGACAGGGGCUGCAGAAAGGACCUUCUCCACGCUGGGCAGUGCCAGCUUCACCUCUCAGCCCGGCACAGCACUGUCUAUGGAUGCUGACCAUUUGUGUGAGUUUAGGUUUCAGGCUCUGCCAGGGUCAGUGUAAAAGAGAGGCGAGCAACUUUCUUAUUCUGGGCUGGGAAAAUCUUAAGGAUGAACCAAAACAAUCCUUGCAUUUCCCCCGCUGUCUGUGCGCUCCCGCGGCUCUGCGGGCGCUGGUUCCCCCCGUGUGCGGUGGCAGCAGAGGUGGGGCACAGGCGGUGCCUCUCCUUUCCCUCCCCGCCCCACUCCGCCACUUUUCUUCCCCCUCCCACUCGAACCUGGGCAGAGCCGGCAGAGGCACGGCCGGGCCGGUCCUGUCCGCUCCUUUCCCCUUCCCCCGCCCUGCACGGCGGAGCAAAGAGCGCUCUUGCCGCUCGCCGCCUUCCCCCCGCCAGGAGCGCCGCAGCCGCUCCCUCCCUCCUUGCUCCCGAGCCGAGCUGUGCAGAGCCGCAAAAGGGCGGCUGGGGCCGCGUCCGCCUCUCGGGACAGCUUGUGAGGCUGCUGGAGGUGCUUGUUUGAAAUUUCAGGUGGAGCUUUUUUACCGGGAAAUGGGGCCUGGUUUGCCCCAUCUCCCGCAGCCCCGCGGAGCUGUGGCCGUGCGGGGCGGCCCUGGGGCCCCGAAGCCGCUGCUGCAGACACGGCAGGGCCGAGCAGCGGCCGCUGCGGCGGGAGGAAGCUUUUCUUUUCAGAGGAAAGAUGUAAUAAACAUGGGAUAAUUCAUGUUAAAAUAUAUGUAUAUGUAUAUAGUAAGAUAUGUCUAUAGGAAUAAAUAAAACUGGCAAAUCCGGGCUUGUAGCAAAUGCGCUUUAGGACAAACAAAAGCUGCUGCCAGGGAUUCAAGGUGGAACUGGAGACUCGAGAAUCACCGACAUUAACAACAGAAAGAGGGAUGGACUGACCCUCCUGGGCGAUGGGGUCUGUAGUGUGCCCAGGUAUCAGGAGCUAUAUCGAUUUAGCAGCAAUAUCGAGAAGACACCUCUCUAUUCACCGUCUCAUCUCUCUACUCACACUUUUUUGAGGGACUGAAUCUUCCCUCGAAAAGCCCUGUUCAGCAGACGAGCAGACAGAAAGAAACCUGUGAGGAAAAGAAGAAAGACAAAAGUCUAUGUGGGCCACGGGAAAAAAAAGUGUAUAUAAGUGUAUAUAGGUGUAUAGAAGUGUAUAUAGCUGUAUAUAAUGGGACCCCAAAAAGGGCUGAAUUUGUGAACAGGGGGCACUAUGGUGCAAUAGAGGCCGUAGUUAAAGUUCACCCAGUGCCCAUUCCCGGGUCUCGACAGUGAGCUUCCAAUUGCUGGCUUGUCUGAAAUUUCUGUAUGUUGAUUCUUUAAUUAAUAAAAAUUGUUUUAUUAAUUGGGAAUUAGCUAAUAUUUGUAACA